AUGACUGCUACGAAUGGGUCAAAGCUAUUCCACCUCAACAUUGGUCAUAAUAAAAGAAGCUGCAAAGGUCAAAGUGCAUGUGAUGAUAGUUCAAGCAAGAAAGGGAAGGCUGGGAAGAAAGCUACAAGUGUAGGUGAUGGUAGUUCAAUCAAGAAAGGGAAGGAUGGGAAGAAAAAUCAAAGUACAGGUGAUGGUAGUUCAAGCAAGAAAGGGAAUGUUUGGAAGAAAGCUCAAAGUGCAGGUGGUGGUAGGCAAAGUGGAACUCAAAGUGCAUGUGAUGGAAUUUCAAGCAGGACAAGGAAGGCUGGGAAGAAAGGGAAGAGUAUUGCUUAA